AUGUUGGUCAAGCCAUUGUUGUCUCAGGUCGCCCUGCUGGCGUUCUCCUUGGGUGCCUCGGCAGAGUCGUUGGUGACACGAGCUUCCGAUCUGAAUGCCUUCAUUGCGUCAGAAUCAGAUAUCGCUCUGCGUGGCGUCUUGGCCAAUAUUGGCCCUAACGGAAAAGCCGUUCCGGGAGCAGAUGCGGGCAUUGUGGUUGCCAGCCCAUCCAAGACGAAUCCUGACUACUGGUACACCUGGACGAGAGAUGCUGCCUUGACAUUCAAGUACUUGAUUGACCGGUUUGUCGACGGCGAUUCGUCCCUGCAGGGCCUGAUCCAGGAUUACAUUUCCGCCCAAGCAAAGCUGCAGACCGUCCAGAACCCAUCAGGAGACCUGUCCUCCGGAGCCGGUCUUGCAGAGCCCAAGUUUUACAUCAACGAGACGGCCUUUCUGGGCCAGUGGGGUCGUCCCCAACGUGAUGGGCCGGCAUUGCGUGCCACGGCUCUGAUCGCAUAUUCCCAAUGGCUGAUAGACAAUGGCUACUCGGACGUUGCUCUGUCGCACGUCUGGCCCAUUGCGAGCAACGAUCUGGCCUAUGUUGCCCAGUACUGGAACCAGACCGGCUAUGACCUCUGGGAAGAGGUCGACGGUUCGUCGUUCUUCACCAUUGCCGUCUCUCACCGGGCCCUCGUCGAGGGAGCUGCGCUGGCGAAGCGCCUCAACCAGACUGUUGGCGACUACAGUUCGGUAGCCUCCCAGAUCCUGUGCUUCCAGCAGUCCUUCUGGACAGGGAGCUACAUCGACUCGAAUAUCAAUCUGGUGCACGACGUCAACCGGACUGGCAAAGACGCCAACUCCAUUCUGGCCUCGAUCCACGUCUUUGACCCGGAGGCCGCAUGUGACGAUUCAACAUUCCAGCCCUGCUCGUCAUACGCGCUGGCGAACCACAAAGCUGUCGUGGACUCGUUCAGAAACCUCUAUUCUGUCAACGAUGGCAUUAAGAAGGGAUCCGCAGUGGCAAUCGGACGGUAUGCGGAGGAUAUAUACUACGACGGGAAUCCAUGGUACCUGUGCACACUGGCGGCAGCCGAACAGCUCUACGAUGCCCUCUAUCAGUGGCAGAAACAGGGCUCGCUGAACAUCACAUCCAUCUCUCUGGAUUUCUUCCGCGACUUUGACUCCUCCGUCAACACCGGGACGUACCCGUCUUCCUCCGACACCUACGCCUCGCUGACGAAGGCGAUCAAGACCUAUGCAGACGGCUUCGUCAGCAUCGUGCAGAAAUACACGCCAGACAACGGGGCCCUCUCAGAGCAAUUCUCCGAAGUCAACGGCAGCCAGACGUCCGCCAUCGACCUCACAUGGUCCUACGCUGCCUUCUUGACGGCGGCCAGCCGUCGCAACGGCACCAUGGGGCCGAGCUGGGGAGCAUCACAGGCGAACAGCGUCCCGUCUUCGUGCGCGACGACCACGCUGAAAGGAACCUACAAAGCUGCGAUGGUGACUUCGUGGCCGACCGGGUUGGUGAGCAAGAACAGCAGCAGCAGCGCCACGGGGACAGCCACUGGUUCCGCGUCCGCAUCCACCACGAGUAAAAGCGCCGCUAACCCUGGCGCAGCAGGAGCAAUGAUGGCUUCUGGCUAUGGCGGCAACCAGCUGACAUUUGCCUUCCUUUCUAUUCUCUUUCUCUAUCUGAUUUUCUGA